GGGAUUGCCCCGGCGUCCACGGGAAGAGGGGGGAUGGCUGAAGUCCUCCCUUAUCUUGGGCUCAUUAAUGACUCUCCAGCUAUCUCCCUGCUAUUAUAUAUGUAGAAAAAAAGGAUGUGACAGCCUUUCGUAAAAAUUGGUGUCUUUAGGGGGGAGGGGUGGGAAUGCAUCAGGGAGGGGAAUGGUCUUUCCGCCUGUUUUCCGUACUUCCUCCCCCGCCUUCUUUCCAGUUGUUUCAAAGGGGUGUGGUUUUUGCUGGGAAAAUGGCCAUCUGAUGGGAGUAGAGCGGGGGGCUGGGGCAGGACGUGGGUGGACGUCAUGCAGGAAGAGGGCUGAUGUCUGAGAGAUCCUGAGAAGUGGGGGUAGGAUGAGAAAACAGAAGUUAAAAUCUAUUUGACUACCAGGACCUGGAAUUUGUAAAAGCUGGUAUUGGGACUUUCUGAAGUGCUGUUCUGUCUGCUAGCCAUCCAUCUCUGCCAAGUCGCCAGUCUGCGUCUGUGGAUCUUGCUGUGCCUGAAGGCCAAUCCGACCCAGAAGCAGGAAGAAGAGGAACAUUGCCCAGGAACAAGUUUGCAGAAUACAGUGCACUUCCAGGCAAGAAGGAAAAGGAAGAAACUGUCUGAACCUGUGUGGGUGUAUGUGGAAGUGCCACUAUACCCAGGACACCUGGAAGGGCAGAGGAGGUGCUGCUGUAUCUGCAGUUGCUGAAGAGCCUGCCAGCUAUAGCUAAAGAUUCCAUCCAGGCUUCAGAUAAUUCUGAGCCACAGCAAGCCUGCUCUGCCUGGGUUAAAAAUUCGGCUCAGGCAUUCGGCUUAGACAUUUGCUCCAGUAUGGGUCGAGCUCGGGAGGCUGGUUGUGUGGCUGCUGGCGUAGUAAUAGGGGCUGGUGCCUGCUACUGCCUAUACAGACUGACCUGGGGAAGAAAUGACAGUGAGAAAAUCUGGAACAACAAUGAUGAUGACGAAGAUGAGGAAUCUAGUGAUAUUACAGAAAUUGGGGUGGAGGCUGAGAAAGGAGCUAAUACUGUGGUGGGGAGCAGAGCUAGAUUUCAGGGUGACUCAAAAGCCAAAGCUGAAGUGGGCAUGGAACGCAAGAGUGGUCCAGAUAUAAAAGUGGGAGUCCACUCAGGAACCCAGAGAGGAGGUGGCCUAGAGGCCAAGGCCAAGGCCCUUUUCAGCACGCUGAAGGAACAGGCAAGUGCAAAGACAGGCAAAGGAGUCAGGUUGGGUACCAUCUCUGGGACUAGGACUUUUGCAUCGAGUUUACCCUGCCCAGGAGGCAGGGGUGGAGGCUGCCACCCCACCAGGAGUGGGGCUUGGGCUAGGAGCAGGGCAAGUGGAAAGUCCAAGGGAAAGGUCCGAGCUAAGAGCACCAGGACUCCAGCUACAACAUGGCCUGUUCGCAGGGGCAAGUUCAACUUUCCCUAUAAAAUUGAUGAUAUUUUAGGCACUACAGACCUUCAAAAGGUCCUUAACAUCCUAGAAAGAACAAAUGAUCCUUUUAUUCAAGAAGUAGCCUUGGUCACUCUCGGUAACAAUGCAGCAUAUUCAUUUAACCAAAAUGCCAUUCGUGAAUUGGGUGGUCUCCCAAUUAUUGCAAAACUGAUAAAAACGAAAGAUCCCAUUAUUAGAGAAAAGGCUUACAAUGCUCUUAAUAACUUGAGUGUGAAUGCUGAAAAUCAGGGCAAGAUUAAGACGUAUAUCAGUCAAGUGUGUGAUGACACCAUGAUUUGUUGCUUGGACUCAGCUGUGCAGAUGGCUGGACUAAGACUGCUAACCAACAUGACUGUGACUAAUCAUUACCAACAUUUGCUUUCCUAUUCUUUUCCAGACUUUUUUGCUUUGUUAUUCCUGGGAAAUUACUUCACCAAGAUUCAGAUUAUGAAACUACUUAUAAACUUUACUGAAAAUCCAGCCAUGACAAGAGAGCUGGUCAGUUGUAAAGUACCAUCAGAAUUGAUUUCCCUCUUUAAUAAAGAAUGGGACAGAGAGAUUCUUCUUAAUGUCCUAACCCUAUUUGAGAAUUUAAAUGAUAACAUAAACAACGAAGGGCUUGCAUUGUCCAAGAAAGAGUUUAGCAGAAGUUCACUUUUUUUCUUAUUUAAAGAAUCUGGGGUGUGUGUAAAAAAAAUCAAAGCAUUAGCAAACCACAGUGAUCUGGUGGUGAAAGUAAAAGUUCUCAAAGUAUUGACCAAACUCUAAUCGGAGGUCUGUCUGAAAUAAUAAUUGAGAUAUGUUUUUAAGUUCGCACUUGGGAACAAUACAUUUUGCAAAUUCUUUGUUUUUCACUGUGCUUAUAUGGCAUAGAGAUACUUUCAGCCACUAUUUUGGAACAAUGAAUAUCACAAAUCAACAGUAAUGCUGGCUGUGAUGGUUGGUUUUAGGCUGGACCGUUUUAAGGGUGCCAAAUGAAUACUAAAGCUUGUACAGACAAAGCACUUAGUUGAUUCCAUCUUGCUACCUAGAUUGAGAUAUUUUUACUCUUUAUCUAAAGUGACAGCAAACUAAUCAUAAAUAACCUACACUUUUGUAUUGGUUUAUAUUUGUUAAUAUUAGACUUGUGUUUUAGCAAUAAAGUUAUGUGUUUUAACCAGCAAAAAAAGAGAAAUUUAUAAUGUUCUUAAGUUUGUUGUGUAUUUGAGAAGGCAAGAUGUAUGGAAACAAAAAGUUAUUAACAAAACCAGGAGCCAUUCAUCAUGGCCAGCUGCUUCCUAUUAGUGCUUAGAGGUGGCAGAAAGUUUUGCAGGUAACAGUGCUUAGGUAAAGUUUUACAGAGGAGAGGAAGCUUAAGUAAGCUGGGCUUGAAGGAUAGGAUAAAAA